AGAGACUUUCACUGUCACGUCUCUCCUCUACUGUCAGCGAUGGCGUCUGCCAAUCUGAUUGCUGAGCUGAAAUGUUCCGUCUGUCUGAACAUUUAUACAGAUCCUGUAAUGCUGAGAUGUGGACACAACUUCUGUCGGCUCUGUAUUGAUCGUGUGCUGGAUACACAGGGGGGGUCUGGAGGAUAUUCCUGUCCUGAAUGCAAAGAGAAGUUUCAGGAUCGUCCUGCACUGCAGAGGAAAAUAAAACUACCUAACAAAGUGGAGAAUUUCCUGUCUGCUCAGCCAGAUCAGAAGGAGUCCGGAGUCUUCUGUACUCACUGUGUGGACUCUCCUGUACCUGCUGUAAGAUCCUGUCUGCACUGUGAGGUUUCUCUGUGUGAUAAACACCUGAGAGUCCACAAAAAGUCCCCAGAACACAUCUUGUGUGACCCCACCUUGUCCAUGGAGAGCAGGAAAUGUUCCGUCCAUAAGGAAAUUUUAAGGUAUUUUUGCACUGAGGAUGAGACCUGUAUCUGUGUGUCCUGCACUUUGGCUGGAGAACAUCGGGGACACCAGGUGAAGAUGCUGGAUGAGGCUUCUGAGAAGAAGAAGGAGACACUGAGGAAUGUUCUGCAGAAACUUCUGACAAAGAGAGAGGAGACAGAGGAAAGAGUCCAGAGUCUGCAGGAAUACAGGAGGAAAGUAGAAACAAAAUCAGCUGGUGACACCGAGAGAGUCACUGUCCUGUUUAGAGAUCUCAGGAGACAUCUGGAAGAUCUGGAGAAGAGAGUCCUGAGGGAAAUCUCCGGGAGGGCAGAGCGGAUCUCCAUCUCCAUCCGGGAUCUGGAAAUAAAGAAGGAGGAGCUGUCCAGGAAGAUGCGUCACAUUGAGGAGCUGUGUAACAUGACGGAUCCACUGAACAGAGAGAGACAUGAGAAGCUCCUCCAUGAUGGAGGGGGUCUGGAUGUGGCUGGAAUAUCACACACAUUACACACAUUAUCUGAUAUAAUAAGAGGGGUAAAUGUAGAAUUCUAUAGACAGGAAGCUGCAGACAUAUUACUGGAUUUAAACACAGCUAAUAAUAUUCUACAGAUAUCAGAUGACAGGAAAACUGUAUCCAGGUCAGAUGUAAAACAAAAUCAUCCAGAAACUCCAGAGAGAUUUCAGGGAGAGGUUCCUCAAGUGUUGAGCCAUCAGAGUUUUUCCUUAGGGAGACAUUACUGGGAAGUGGAUGUCGGGGGAUCAAAUGGAUGGAGAGUCGGGAUGUGUUACCCCAGUAUAGAGAGGGGAGGAUGGGAGUCAGUAAUUGGAGAUAAUAACAAGUCCUGGUGUUUGUGCGGGUAUGGUAUAGCGUAUGGGCUGGCUAAUUGCUGUAAUUUACUACUUUUACCCGCCAAUACCCCCAGUACCAGAGUCGGGAUAUAUCUGGAUUAUGAGGCCGGGGAAAUCUCCUUUUAUGAUCUGUGUGACCCGAUCCGACACAUCCACACCUUCACCACCACCUUCACUGAGCCCCUCCAUGCUGUGAUAUAUGUAGAGAGAGGUUGUAUAAAGAUCUUUGGGGGGAAUUGGAAGAUAUAAAAGCCGCUACCUAUGGGGGUCACACCUGCGGGAUCACUCCCAGGUCAAGCUGUGUGCAUCUAUUGACACACACAGCAACACUGGGACAUUUCUUACCUUAAUUCAGAGAAUGUCUUUACAACCACUUUAACUGCUUGCCGACCAGCCGCCGACCAGUUAUACGGCGGCAGGUUGGCUCU